GUGUUAAAGGUCAAUGGUGAUUACGAGCCGUGUUAAAGGUCAAUGGUGAUUACGAGCCGUGUUAAAGGUCAGUGGUGAUUGCGAGUCGUGUUAAAGGUCAAUGGUGAAUUCGGUGGGAAGUAGAGGACGAUACAGUAACGAUAUGACGAGGACGUCACGAUGUUUUCAAUUUAGUGGGGGAAGAAGGUGUCAGCAGUCACUCUGACCAUUCAUGUAUGUUAUUGAGUAUAGUACUGAGUGUUCGUGUAGUACCAACUGAGUAUGUUGUUGCAGAUGGAGGAACAGGAGGCGACGAGCAUCCUUGCGAAAUUAAUGGCAGAGAUGGAAGAACUUGAGCAAACGGAUUUGCUAGUGGUUGGAUUAGAGGAGGACGAACGGAGUGAACUAAUUGAAGAGGAGAGAGAGAAUGUGAGAGAGGUUAGAGAGAGUGUCGCCGUAGACAGUAAGAAGACAUGGCAACCCGACAUGGCAACAUGCCGACAUGGCAACCCGCACACGCUCCAAAGCUCCUGAGGCAGAUCUAGAAUCUGAUCUCGUAGAGAAACUCCACGCGACCGAAGACAGCAGCUCCACAACCGCCGAGUCGAUGGAAGGAACGAUGGAAACAACUCCUAUGGUAGUUUAUCCCGCACAGGCUACGAGGAAGCGCGAAACUAAGAGACGUCGUCAAGAGGUUGACGGAGAGAGGGGAGAUGAUUUAAUCGGAGAAAUUACCCACUUGUCAACGACUAUGGAGUCGAUGAAGACAGAAGUCCAAGCGGUAAUACAUGUUUUCCUGGAUUUGCUUUCAAAAGAUGCCAAUGCAGCCAAGCCAGAUUCGGUCUAUGUGCCACCAAGCUUUUUGGCAGUUAAAUGGAAGAAGGCAGUUCCAAUCAAAUGCCUUGGCUGUAUAAGAAAAUACCCAUGGAGAACUUCAAGUGGGUACUGUUGCCCAUUUGUGAUGGUGACCAUUGGUUCCUGAUGGCUGCAGAUAUGGUCAAUAUGACAGUCGGCUUCUUGAAUUCUCUGACGUGGGAUGAAAGUCGAGUUCAAGUUUAUCUAGAUUCAAGGAAGUAAGUUCGAUCAUUCUCAUUCACUUAGUAUAUCAAUGUACUAAGAUCGAAGUAAAAGGAUUCAUGUGUCUUUACCAAUGCCUUUACUAUUUUCCUUUUUUAUUUACUGUUUUCAUUGUGAGCAGUUACUUUGGCAAUAGACUGGCAUUGAGUUGCACGCUGUUAUUUAGCUGUAGGGAUUUCCUGAUAAUAUUUGCGUCAUCUAUUUUUAUACCUUAGUCAUAAUUUAUACGUAUUAACAACUGUCAGACGCUUGUUGGUGGGUAAUAAAUCAGACUUCAUUUUUAUUCCUUCAGUUUUGGGCGUGCAACGGCCAUCCUUAUUUAGGGUGUUACGUAACACAAUUACUAAAAAAAAAAUUAAUUAUUAAUUAUUUUAAGUUAGAUUGGCAGGUUAGAUAAUUUUGGAAUCACAUACAUUAACUUCCUCACGCACACACAUGAAAACUGUUAUCGAAUAAUAAUAAUAAUAUAAAGUUCUGUCUCUCGAUGACACACGUAUAACGUGCCUCAGGUCAUCUUACCAUAAGCAGACUAGCUACAGAGAUCAAAUAGCUCCGAGCCAAUCUGCGAAAUGCUAGCAGUGCACACAGGUACUAGAGACUGUUCAAUAUAUAUACAAUACUUGCUACUGACAUCGCAGCAGAGAGGAACGGCUUAUGAUUUCUCGUACACAUAGUUUUAGCUGCAUUCCUACCAUAUUACUUGCGCACUGCUGGGCUCAGCGAGUGACGUCACACACGCAAAUUACAACACGCCACCAAGUCAUAAAAUAUGUAUUAACCGGUUAUUACAGCUUCUGAUCUUGAAACUGAGUAGCAUAAACUGGAAACCCCUAUGUUAUCUAUAGUAAUAGAACCCUUUAUUAGGCGUUGACAUCAUUUACUUGCCUCACAAUGGCACAGAAAUUAUGUCGAUCAUAACAAAGGAUAGCACGGAACAUGGCGGCCUCCAAGAAAUCACCUGUGUAAAAUCGAGUGCUCCUCCGAUUUGGAUUCGAGCAGAAUUCCUUUGUUUGGAAAUCAAAACUGCCCCACGAUGGGCGCCACUGUGAAAGCUUGCUAUUAUGCCUUCAUUGGAGCAC